AUAGACCAGUGGAGAGGACGAUAUCAUGACAGCCUAAACGCCAAAAUGAUGGCUCUUUCCGUCUUGAGAUGUCAUCCAUUAAGGUCGCCCAUGUCCAGGCAGCCAUCAUGCGUCGCCAGGAUCGUACAUAUCGGUCAAGCCUGGGGCCCCGCCACCAUAUUGGUCAAACCUUGGAAAUUGAAAGUCGUGAGGGCCGCUGCCAACGAGAAACGGGGCCAUGCCCUUGCUACGAUCUGUGCCUGCCACCGGAUACCACCGAAUCCUUAUUCGAAGGAUUGCCCAAACGAUCUCCAAGCCACACCAAGGGAGAUUGAGCAAACGCUCGAGGGCAUAGAUAUUGGGUGUUGGGAGACGGAUAUCUCAGAACCUUUGGCGGACAUUCAUCGUUGACUGCUCGAUAUGAAAUGAAGUGACAAGAGGUUGCAUACUGUAACUGGUCAGAACUUUACGCAUUUGUGAGAUCGGUUAGCUAAUCACAACGCUAAGCCUGACCAGCUGUAUCGCCACACAACGAUCAGUUCUGCGACUGUCAGGAGCAAAUCUGUCGAAUGAUUGCGCAACACGUUGUUACCCCGUUACCCCGUCACCUAAAGCUUCAUUGCCCAACACUCGCAUGAGAAGCCCGAAUAUGGGCCAUGAGCCAGAUCCUUCCAAACGGGUGAUGGCAUCUCGCUCGGUCAUGCAGACGAAAGUCUUCCACCCUAGGUUUCAAUCGAAGGCUCAGUUCUGCGAAGCUUCAUCAGUUUGACCUCAAUUGCAGUCAUGAGCACAACUACUCUCCUAGAGUAUCUAACACAACCAAAUCCAACCCUGGAUUGUUCGAAAUCCUCGAAGGGGGCUAAUUCUUUCAAUGCAAGAUGGGAUCGCCUCACGGGGCUGGAGGAAUGGACUGAAUUCAACUAUGAGACACUUAUGCGGUUGUAUGGGGAUAUCUUACAACAAAGUAUCCCGCCUCUACCUGAGACGAGCCCUCCACUGACUGAACUGGAGAAGAAGAUUUUCACUGAGAGGACCUUCGAAACCGUUCUUGAAAGGGAUCUCAUGCCCAAGGUCUCUGCUGCAUUGCGCGUUGCUUGGCCAAUCUUCUACUCAAGUCAUGAUCCUCAGGACGUCGCUGAGAUUGCGAAAGGAGACAAAGCAAGAAGAGGAACAACGGAAGAGGACGACCGAUAUUACGCGGACUGGGCUGGAAUUCGACAGUGUGAGAUAACAGCUUUUGGCUAUAAAAACUUUUGCCCCGGAGAAACCAAGCUCGCCUCAAAAUGGAGCACUUCAAAAGAAGGUCGUCGUCGACCAGAUUAUACUUCGCCCUUUCAGCAGACUCAAACAUACUGUGGCCGCCAGUGGGGUGUUCGUCAAGGGUACAUUAUCACGCCAGAGGAACUCGUCCCCAUCAAGGUCUCGAGAGAAGUGAUAGGACCAGGUCUGGCCGCCUUCAGAGCUUCCAGAAACGUGUCGCAGAACACGCGAGAUCGAACAUCACACUCACGCACUUUCUCCGCCGAGACGGUCAGUUCUGGUCUUCAAGCGAUGUCUCUCGACACCGGAUCUAGUUUCAGUGACGAUGCGAAUCCAAAUAUUGAGUACGGCCCGCUCCAAUUCAAAAGUAUCCCAUGGGACGCCGCAGGGAAAGGGUUAUUGACAGUAAAGUUGGCAUUGUGGUGGCUGCAUAUGGAGACCAGAAAGGAUCUUUCCGUUCAAGAGACCUACUCACCGUUGCGAGACCGAGGUGAUCGUAUCCAAGUAUGCCCUUUAUCCGAGGAGCUGGAGGGCUAGCGCUAAUUGCUUCUACCUAGAGCACAAAACGGGCGAAGGAGAAAAGCAAGGGUUCUGGAAAGAAAGGUUUCUGACGUUAGGAAUGACCUCUUGGGUGGAUCCUCAAACCAGUCCAACACACCAUAGACAGUCUCCGAGUAGAAGAGAUUGAAUUCGAAUUCCGACCAUUCCGGACAUGGAGACGUCAAAGUGCAUGAGAGGUCGACAAUCUGUGAUCCCCUGUAAUUUUGAGGGAGAACAUCAUGAGGUAAAAGUCGUAGCUCCUUAGGGAUUGCGAAAUUCUUCAAAAUUUGGUUGGUGUGGGAAGCGUCUGUCAACAUUGGUAGGUAGUCUUUGACGAUGACCCAACGGCUUA